ACUCUGUACGAAAAUUCGGCUUGUUAAGGAGGGUAGAUAGAAACUAAAAAAAGAGAAAAAAGAAAGGGAGGGAGGAAACGAACGCUCCAGUUUAACCAUAGCUUGUAGCGAGGUUGGAGCCGUCGGAAAGGGAGUUUGAUUCGCUGCGUAACGGACAUCGACGGAGCCAUCGGUUUUUGCUAGCCACCCCAAAAACGUCUGCAUCUGAAUAGCAGCAACCAUGUCGGACGCAGACAAGUUCCUGUAUGUGGACCGCAACAUAGUGAACAACCCGCUGGCGCAGGCCGACUGGGCCUCCAAGAAGCUGGUGUGGGUGCCGUCGGAGCGUUUGGGCUUCGAGGCGGGCUCGAUCAAGGAGGAGCAUGGCGACGAGGCGAUGGUGGAGCUGGCCGACUCCGGCAAGAAGGUGCGCGUCAACAAGGAUGACAUCCAGAAGAUGAACCCGCCCAAGUUCAGCAAGGUGGAGGACAUGGCCGAGCUCACCUGUCUCAACGAGGCCUCCGUGCUGCAUAACCUGAAGGAGCGGUACUACUCCGGCCUCAUCUACACAUACUCUGGGCUGUUCUGUGUGGUGAUCAACCCUUACAAGAACCUGCCCAUCUACUCUGAAGAGAUCAUUGAGAUGUACAAGGGCAAGAAGCGUCAUGAGAUGCCCCCACACAUCUACGCCAUCACUGACACAGCCUACAGGAGUAUGAUGCAGGACCGUGAAGACCAGUCUAUUCUGUGCACAGGCGAGUCUGGAGCCGGCAAGACUGAGAACACCAAGAAGGUCAUUCAGUAUCUGGCUCACGUGGCCUCCUCCCACAAAACCAAGAAAGAUCAGAACAGCUCGGUCCUGUCACAUGGGGAGCUGGAGAAACAGCUGUUGCAGGCCAAUCCCAUCCUGGAGGCCUUUGGUAAUGCCAAGACAGUCAAGAAUGACAACUCCUCCCGAUUUGGUAAAUUCAUCAGAAUCAACUUUGACGUCAAUGGAUAUAUCGUGGGAGCCAACAUUGAGACCUAUUUGCUGGAGAAGUCCCGUGCCAUCAGGCAGGCCAAGGACGAGAGGACCUUCCACAUCUUCUACUACAUGCUCACAGGAUCUGGAGACAAGCUCCGCACUGAACUGUGCCUCGAGGGCUACAACAACUACCGCUUCCUGUCCAAUGGCAACGUGACCAUCCCCGGCCAGAAUGACAAGGACAUCUUCAACGAGACCAUGGAGGCCAUGAGGAUCAUGGGAAUCCCUGAGGAUGAGCAGAUCGGUUUGCUGCGGGUCAUCUCGUCCGUGCUGCAGCUGGGCAACAUGUCCUUCAAGAAGGAGCGCCACACAGACCAGGCCUCCAUGCCAGACAACACGGCUGCGCAGAAGGUCUGCCACCUCAUGGGCAUGAACGUGACUGACUUCACCCGCGCCAUCCUGUCGCCCCGCAUCAAGGUGGGCCGCGACUACGUCCAGAAGGCCCAGACUCAGGAGCAGGCCGAGUUCGCUGUGGAGGCCCUGGCCAAGGCCACCUAUGAGAGGAUGUUCCGCUGGCUGGUCAUGCGCAUCAACAAGGCCCUGGACAAAACCAAGCGCCAGGGGGCCUCUUUCAUCGGCAUUCUGGACAUCGCCGGCUUUGAGAUCUUUGAUCUGAAUUCCUUUGAGCAGCUGUGCAUCAACUACACCAACGAAAAGCUGCAGCAGCUCUUCAACCACACCAUGUUCAUCCUGGAGCAGGAAGAGUACCAGAGGGAGGGCAUCGAGUGGAGCUUCAUCGACUUUGGCCUGGACCUGCAGCCCUGCAUCGACCUCAUUGAGAAGCCGGCCAGUCCCCCUGGUAUUUUGGCCCUGCUGGACGAGGAGUGUUGGUUCCCCAAGGCCACGGAUAAGAGCUUCGUGGAGAAGGUGCUGCAGGAACAGGGCACGCACCCCAAGUUCUUCAAGCCCAAGAAACUCAAGGACGAGGCCGACUUCAGCAUCAUCCACUAUGCUGGAAAGGUCGAUUACAAAGCGGUCGAGUGGCUGAUGAAGAACAUGGACCCCCUGAAUGACAAUGUUGCCUCUCUGCUCAACCAGUCGACAGACAAGUUUGUGUCGGAGCUCUGGAAGGAUGUGGAUCACAUUGUGGGACUGGACAAGGUGGCGGGUAUGUCCGAGCUGCCAGGUGCCUUCAAGACACGCAAGGGCAUGUUCCGCACGGUGGGCCAGCUCUACAAGGAGCAGCUGUCCAAGCUCAUGGCCACGCUCCGAAACACCAACCCCAACUUUGUGCGAUGCAUCAUCCCCAACCACGAGAAGAAGGCGGGUAAGCUGGAACCCUACCUGGUUCUGGACCAGCUGAGGUGCAAUGGUGUGCUGGAGGGAAUCCGUAUCUGCAGACAGGGCUUCCCCAACCGCAUCGUCUUCCAGGAGUUCAGGCAGAGAUAUGAAAUCCUCACUCCCAACUCCAUCCCCAAGGGCUUCAUGGAUGGCAAGCAGGCCUGUCUGCUUAUGAUCAAAGCCCUGGAGCUGGACCCCAACCUGUACCGUAUCGGUCAGAGUAAAGUGUUCUUCCGCGCCGGAGUGUUGGCCCAUCUGGAGGAGGAGAGGGACAUGAAAAUCACCGACGUCAUCAUCAGCUUCCAGGCCUGGUGCCGUGGUUUUGUGGCCCGCAAGGCAUUUGCUAAGAGGCAGCAACAGCUCACUGCUAUGAGGGUGAUUCAGAGGAACUGUGCUGCUUACCUCAAGCUGAGAAACUGGCAGUGGUGGAGACUUUUCACCAAGGUGAAGCCCCUGCUGCAGGUGAGCAGGCAGGAGGAGGAGAUCCAGGCCAAGGACGAUGAGCUGAAGAAGGUCAAGGAGAAACAGCAGAUGGCUGAGGUGCAGCUCCAGGAAUUGGAGAGCAAGCAGCAGCAGCUCAGUGCCGAGAAGAUGGCCCUGCAGGAGCAGCUGCAGGCCGAGAUGGACCUGUGUGCCGAGGCCGACGAGAUGCGCAACCGGCUGGUGGCCAAGAAGCAGGAGCUGGAGGAGAUCCUGCACGACCUGGAGGCGCGGGUGGAGGAGGAGGAGGAGCGCGCUACUCAGCUGAUGACCGAGAAGAAGAAGAUGCAGCAGAACAUCUCGGACCUGGAGAACCAGCUGGAUGAGGAGGAGGCUGCCAGGCAGAAGCUGCAGCUGGAGAAGGUGACCUUUGAGGCCAAGGUGAAGAAGAUGGAGGAAGAAGUCAUGGUCCUCGACGACCAGAACAACAAACUGAUCAAGGAGAAGAAGCUUAUGGAAGAGAGGAUCUCUGAGUUCACCACCAACCUUGCUGAGGAGGAGGAGAAGUCCAAGAGUCUGCAGAAACUAAAGAACAAGCACGAGGCCAUGAUCACUGAUCUGGAGGACCGCCUGCGCCGGGAGGAGAAAGGCCGUCAGGAGCUGGAGAAGAACCGGCGCAAGCUGGAGGGCGACUCCACCGAGCUGACUGACCAGAUCGCAGAGCUGCAGGCCCAGAUCGCUGAGCUCCGUGCCCAGCUGGCCAAGAAGGAAGAGGAGCUGCAGCAGGCUCUUGCCAGGAUUGAGGAGGAGGCUGCUCAGAAGAACAUGGCCCAGAAGAAGAUCCGUGAGCUGGAGGCCCAGCUGUCUGAGCUGCAGGAGGACCUGGAGCUGGAGAGGGCUGCCCGCACCAAAGCUGAGAAGCAGCGCCGCGACCUGGGCGAGGAGCUGGAAGCCCUCAAGACCGAGCUAGAGGAUACACUGGACUCUACCGCAGCCCAGCAGGAGCUCAGGACUAAGCGUGAGGCAGAGGUGACCCACCUGAAGAAGACCCUGGAUGACGAGGCCAAGGUGCACGAGGUCCAGGUGGCAGAGAUGAGGCAGAAACACAGCCAGGCAUUCGACGAACUCAAUGAACAGCUGGAGCAGGCUAAGAGGAACAAGGUCUCUAUGGAAAAGGCCAAGCAGGCCCUGGAGAGUGAGCGCAACGAGCUGCAGAUCGAGCUGCAGACGCUGAUGCAGGGCAAGGGCGACUCGGAGCACCGACGCAAGAAGGCCGAGGCCCAGGUGCAGGAGCUGCAGGUCAAGCACACCGAGAGUGAGAAGCAAAGGAUCGAGCUGGCCGAGAGGGUGGCCAAAAUGCAGGCGGAGCUGGACAACGUGAACGGACUCCUUAGCGAGGUUGAGGGCAAAUCUAUCAAGGCAUCCAAGGACUGCUCCGCUGUGGAGUCUCAACUGCAGGAUGUUCAGGAACUGCUCCAGGAGGAGACGCGGCAGAAGCUGUCCUUCACCAGCCGUUUGCGGCAGCUGGAGGAUGAGCAGAACAACCUGAAGGAGCAGCUGGAGGAAGAGGAGGAGGCCAAGAGGAACGUGGAGAAGCAGCUGCUCUCAGCACAGAGCCAGCUGACGGAACUGAAGAAGAAGAUGGAGCAGGAGGCCGGCUGCCUUGAGAACGCAGAGGAAGGCAAGAAGCGUCUGCAACGCGACCUGGAGGGGGUCAACCAGCGGUUGGAGGAGAGGUGCACCGCCUACGACAAACUGGACAAGACCAAGACCCGGCUGCAGCAGGAGCUGGACGAUCUACUGGUAGACCAGGACCACCUCCGGCAGAUCGUCUCCAACCUGGAGAAGAAGCAGAAGAAGUUUGACCAGAUGCUGGCUGAGGAGAAGUCCAUCUCUGCGCGCUUCGCUGAUGAACGUGACCGCGCCGAGGCUGAGGCCAGGGAGAAGGAGACGCGGGCUCUGGCUCUGACCCGUGAGCUGGAGACCAUCAGCGACCUGAAGGAUGAGCUGGACCGUGCCAACAAAAUGCUCCGUGCUGAGAUGGAAGACCUGGUCUCCUCUAAGGAUGAUGUCGGCAAGAAUGUCCAUGAGCUGGAGAAGUCCAAGCGCACCAUGGAGCAGCAGCUGGAGGAGAUGCGCACUCAGCUGGAGGAGCUGGAGGACGAGCUGCAGGCCACCGAGGAUGCCAAGCUCAGGUUGGAGGUCAACAUGCAGGCCAUGAAGGCUCAGUACGAGAGAGACCUUGCGGGCCGUGAUGAAAUGGGCGAAGAGAAGAAGAAACAGCUGGUCAAACAGGUGCGCGAAAUGGAGAUGGAGCUGGAGGACGAGAGGAAGCAGCGCUCUGUUGCCGUGGCAGCACGCAAGAAGAUGGAGCUGGACUUGAAGGAACUGGAGGCCGCCAUUGACAUGGCCAACAAGAACCGCGACGAGGCCCUCAAACAGCUCAAGAAGCUCCAGGCCCAGAUGAAGGACCUUCUGCGCGAGCUGGAGGACACUCGCAUGUCCAGAGAGGAGAUCCUGGCCCAGGCUAAGGACAAUGAGAAGAAGCUCAAGAGCAUGGAGGCCGAGAUGAUCCAGAUGCAGGAGGAACUGGCAGCUGCAGAGCGCAUGAAGAGGCAGGCCCAGCAGGAGAGGGACGAGCUGCAGGACGAGAUCUCGGAGAAGCUGAACUCUCGCAUGAAGCAGCUGAAGCGUCAGCUGGAGGAGGCGGAGGAGGAGGCGCAGAGAGCCAACGCUAACCGCAGGAAGCUCCAGAGGGAGCUGGAGGACGCCACCGAGUCUGCCGAUGCCAUGAACCGCGAAGUCAACACCCUGAAGAGCAAGCUCAGGCGAGGGGACCUGCCCUUCACCAUGAGGCGCAUCGUAAGCCGUGCCGGCGUGGAGAGUGACGAUGAGAGCGAGACCAAGAGCGAGACCUCGGAGCCCAAGCCUGAGUGAAAACGCCCACAGUGCCCACCUAGCUGCAGUGCCCAUCUGCCUGCUCAUAUACACACAAACACACAUUGAAACUACAUACUUACACACAUCGAAAAACACACACUAAAAGGUGGAUAAAACUGUCCACUGGUAUUUCACACUCAUGCAUAAAAACACACAAGUGCCAUUUUGCAAAAGUGGACAAUA